UGUGCUAUUGUUGAUAAUUCUUGUUUUAUAUAUGGUUAAUAUUUAAGACACAAUAAGUGAAUGAUGAACUCUAAGAGUGAUAAUACUGCUUCUGAUUCUGAUCAGUUUGUUCAGUGCGUUUCAAUUCUUUGCGAAAAGUUAGUCAAGUGUAAAAAGGAGGAUUUUAUCCUAAAGCGCGAUACGUUGAUAGAAAUCGGAACAGAAUGCGCAAAAUUGAAAACUUUAGAUCUCCGAGAGAGCAAAAGUGACAUUUUUGAUCUCGUUAUUAAGCCUCUUCUGCCUGCUCUUUGUGACAGUAGUGAAAAGUGUAGGGAACUUGCUUCCAAAAUUUUGAUUCAGAUUUUCGAGAAGUGUCCCCUUCUGGAAUCUUAUCUUCGGGUCAUACACGCUUUGGUUCCUCGAUUGUCAAAAUCAGAUGAAAGGGAAUCGUCCGAAGAAGUAAGGCUUCUAGAAAUCGACUUACUGUGCAAAAUUGUUGAGAAAUAUGAAGGCAGUUUGUUGAAGUACUUCACCGAUAUAACAAACAUUCUGUGUGCUUGUGUGAUAGAUAGCUUUCCUGAAGUGAAGCGCAGAAGCUGUGAGUGCGUUUCAGUGUUAGCUAAACAGCAGCAGGAGAACUUUCACAUGAUAUCUUCUAAUCUCUUAAGUCCACUUUUUCAAACACUGUCACACCAACACUUUAAAACACGCACACAAUGUGUUUAUGCUAUUGGAUCCAUCUUCUGUCAUGGAAGUAGCCAAGAUUUUGAGUUGGCUUUAAGCCAGUUGGCGCAAAGAUCCUUUGAUCAUUCCCCGUUUGUUCGCACGGCCGUGAUGGAAGUGGUUGCUGAUUGGCUUUUGAUGUUUAAAGACCGAUACUCCUAUUUCCAUCAACUGAUACCCAUUAUGCUAUCCACCUUGUUCGAUGAGGUUGAAAAAAUCAGAAAUAAAGCUAUGAUAUUAUGGAGAAAAGCAGGUGAUCAAUACGUAUCAGAAAAUGAGAAAGAUUACAAAGAUCUCAUCGAUUUUCCAAGACCUGAUCCAGAGAAUUAUCCUGAUCCUGGAAAUCGGCCACCCGUUGGUUGCCGCAUCUUAGUUCAGAGACAUUUCUACAAUAUUCUUCCACCUUUACUGAAUGAUUUGUCUGAUUGGGUUGUCGAGACGAGAGUAAAGUCCAGUCAGGUACUCUAUUCCUUGAUCCUGCAUGCAGAGGAAAAGGCUACAAUGCAGUUGUCAUCUAUACUAAAGGGCAUUGUAUUCGCUGCUAAUGAUGAAGCUAAAGAAUCCAGAAAUUAUGCUCUCCGGUCAUGUGAGCUGCUUGGCUUCUUUCUAGAACCCAAUCUGUUGUGUGACAGCAUCCUUACUCUGAUUCACAAGAGCCCUUCGUCCAUCCAUCUCAGUCUGUUAGCUGCAGCCCUGAGGGGCCGAAAAAAGCCCCUGCCCAAGGACUGCUUCAACCAGAUUAUCAAAUUGCUUGCUGAUCCAGCCAUUGCUAGAGUCAGAGAGGUAAGGGAACAAGCCAAUCUGCUGUUAUGCCUUGAAGGUUUGCUCGGAGUUGGAAAUGAAAUUGUAUCUUUGAAUUCUUACCAGAUUUUUACAAUCCUGUGUACAGUUUGUGGAUUAGCUCAAGACACUUCACUUUUUAUAGCGAGCAAAAAUCUAUUUAAGAAACUAGCUGAUGUACAGAACUGCUCUCUUGAAGAGCUUUUUGGGCUUCAUUCCAUUCAGUUACUAGAAGCUUUGACAUCAAAUAAUGAACUAUGGACAUCACAAAGCCCUGAAAUAUUCAUCUUUGGUUUUCUUAUAAAAUCAGAUUAUCUGAAUGAAAAUGUCAUGGAAAUGGUAGUUCCAGUGAUGACAAACAACUUGGACAUCACUAAAGAUAUUAAGCUCCGCAGCUUAGUCCUCACUGCAUCCAUCCAUGUUUUGAGAAAAUUGACCUCAGCUAAAACUGACCAUAUUUCAAAAAAAGUGCUUGAUUUCAUCCAAUUCGGAAUUUUUCCAAACCUGUCGUGGGCUCCUGGUAAAGCAUCCACUGCUUUGAGGACACUUACAGUUGCAGUUCUCUUUGAAAUUGUUUCCAAAACUUUCAUCACACCCACAAUGUGGGAUGCAAUAGCUGAUGAACUCCUGACACUGCUCACCGCAUUGUGUGAAGACGAAGACAAGUCUAAUCGCCUCCUUGCUUGCAAGAUCUUGGACUCAGCUCUGCCUAAGAUGCGAGACCACAUAGACGAGCACCGAAUCCACAACACUUGCUUUGAGUUUCAGCAGUGUUUAGAGGAUGAAUCUGAGGAAGUUCGCAUCAUGACAACUAGACUCCUGAGCACAUACGUCAAUUCUUUCCCAAAAGACUACCACUGGGAGGCAUACAGAGCUCAUGUGAGGAAGAUGUAUGAAAAUGCCCUUAUUCAUUUGGACGAUAGAAAUGGGAAGGUUCAGCAGAGCGUAUUGAAACUUCUGAAAGAUAUUGCACAUGCUGCACCAAGUGUCUUGAUGGAAGAAAUUGAAUCUAAACGAUACCUGAUGGCUGCUGGUGAUUACUGUGAUGAACUCCUUAAACAUGUACAAAGCUUAAAUGUUGGUUGAAAUAAAAUUAGU